AGAUUAAUUCUGGCAGAAAAUCUGUUCUCACGGCCGUCCCUCUUUCCUUUGUCCUUCGGAUCCAAGUCAGAGAAGAAGUCCAUAUAUCCAAGAAAAGAUAAUGAUAUCGGAGACCUAAAAACCCACGAUAUGCUUCUUCGCUGUGCGUUCUGAUAUCAGAAUGAAAAGCUGAUCAGUUUUCGUCUCAUCCCAAGGUCUCGUUCCAAUGGCGGUAUAUCAUCUGUAUCCCAGACUACUGAUCGAUCACGUGUUUACCCCUCGAGUCGGUGCACCAACAAUAUAUAUCGUUCUCACCGCAGCGACUGUCUAUCUUUGUGCGUCUUGCAUAAACCAUCUUCUCGAGGAGCCUCCAGGUGAGGCGGAGAUGCUGCUACUUAUCGUUUUAUCCGGCCUCAAGUUCAUUAUCUCGAACGGCUUUUCUUUCGAUAAAAUUUCAGGAAACGUGACCGCUGGGACACUUAUAGAGCUUCACUGGAAUCUGGAUAGUAAUAGCGACACGGAAGAGUUAAUAUUCGAACGGAGAAAUCUCAUCUCCCAAUCCUCUGGGCAAGGGGAUUAUAUAAACACCGUCCCUAAUCAGACUAAUGGAACACUGAAUGUGACCUUUCCUUCACCAGGAAAAUUUCUCAUCGAAGUCGUUAACAAGAAAACCCAGUCGGUCAGGGCGAGCAGUAAUACCUUUUACGCUGCGCCUCGUGCCGAGACGAGUCCCAGUAGCAUUGUAUCGCCCUCGUCUCAGGGAAAAACGGGAUCUCGCGCUUCUCCAUCUUCCGGUUCAGCGCCAGCGAAUGGAUCAGUUCUAUCCCAGACAAAAACGGCAUCCUUCCUUUCUCCAUCUUCCAGUUCGCCCCACAGCGAAACCUCAUCUGCUCUUUCCUCACAAUCCAGAAUACUCGAAAUAGUCGGUGCUGCAGUUGGUACCUUCGUAUUCCUCCUGGUCCUUCUAGGGACACUCAUAUACACUCUACACCGAAGACAACGAGGCAAGCGAUACCCUGCUAUCUUUCAUAGAGACAUGAUGGUCCGGAAGCGCUCGAAUCCAUCGCUUUCACCUCUCACUCCCACAACAAAGGAUUCGGAUACUUACAGCAAUGACAACUUAGGCAAAGACACUUCUUAUAAUUCCAGAAAUGCCCCCGAUAGAGACGACCUUGCUAAAGGAUUUUCGGAAUACUCUCUCCCCGCUCCUUUAGGCAACAGACCGGAGACUCCGUCUCCAGUUUCCGCUUACACCGACCGCCAGAUGGAGCUACACGAUGUUGUGGUGAAACUGAAGAUGGAACUUAUUAGGCUUAAGACAGAAUUGAGGCGGGGUGGAGAUGUGAAAGCGGAGAUUGAUGCGGUUAAGAGGAAGAUCACAGGCUUGGAGGACUCAUUUGAAUCCGCAUGGGCACUUGAACAUACCCAUGACAUACCGAUUAAUGUUUCGAACAUGUUGAUUUCGAGGUGAAGAAUGGAGACGCAGACCUUUUAGGCCCUAAGCAAUGAUUACAGGACAUGACCAUAUCAAACAAAGACCGACAUUACCGUAUCUCCAUAAACUAUACUUUGACUGAAAAGAAGUACAACC